UGGAACAACGGCCCGACCCCACAGUGCCCCGUGUGUGUGGGGGGGAGGGUUGCUCUCCGCUGGGCAGUGCCCCCCCCUCACCUCUCCAGCAGGCAAACUCGGAUCACGAGUCAGGUGGUCUGGGGCCUCAGGCACAGCACACGGCCAGGCCCACGGCUCGCCCUGCACAGGGUCCUGGGGCUCUCGCGGGCCCCCUUUCUCCCCAAAGUGACAGGGGCAUGGGGCUCCUUUAGGGAUUACACUUCUCUUCGCUUCCCACUCUCCACCCAAGAAUAUUCUGCUCACCCUCACUCUGGUAUCUCCUUGAAGAUGAAAUUGAAUCUUCAAUACAAAAAUGAGACAUAAUCUGGUCUGUCAGACACCUCGCACUGUCACUGUUCAUAUAAAGUCAAGUGCAUCUAGAUCACACCAGCAAAAUAAAUCUAUUAGUCUAAAACGUCCUAUUUUUAAAGACAGUCAGGAAAAUUGUGAAAAAGAUGUGCACAGUAAUAAGUCUAAACGUCCAAAAGGUGCAUGUCUGGUUAUUCAGCGUCAGGAAAUGACUGCUUUCUUUAAACUAUUUGAUGAUGAUCUAAUUCAAGAUUUCCUGUGGAUGGACUGCUGCUGUAAAAUUGCAGAUAAGUAUCUUUUGGCAAUGACUUUUGUUUAUUUCAAGAGGGCUAGCUUCAGUAUAAAUGAGCAUACCAGACUUAAUUUCUUUGUUGCUCUGUAUCUCGCAAAUACAGUUGAAGAAGAUGAUGAAGAGUCAAAGUAUGAAAUUUUUCCAUGGGCUUUGGGAAAAACCUGGCGGAAGCUUUUCCCUAACUUCUUAAAGUUAAGAGACCAGCUCUGGGAUAGAAUUGACUACAGGGCUAUUGUAAGCAGACGUUGCUGUGAAGAGGUAAUGGCUAUUGCUCCAUCACAUUAUAUAUGGCAGCGAGAACGUUCCCUGCAUCACAGUGGGGCUGUCAGAAAUUACAGCAAAAAUGAAGUGCAGUUGCCCCGUGGACCAAGUGCCACACCAGCAGAUUGUUUGCUUUGUGGUAAGAAAGGAAGAUUUGUAGGACUGGGAUUAUCAUCCUCAUCUUCUUCAUCCACUGGGACUUUAGAGAUCAUGGAGCAACAUGUAUCUCAGGAAUUGAAGGACACUUUCCCAGUUGAAAAAAUGCUAGUUGAUCCUUCUCCUUGCUGUUAUUCCCAAGAUUGCAACAGACUAUUCACCAAAGAGAGAAAGAUUAGCUGCAUGAAUCAAGACAAAUCCAUGGACUGGUUUACAGGAAAUGAAGAAUGAAAUGUUUGACCAGAGUUAUUAGAUAUAGCUCAGAAUACCAAACUCAUUGCAAGAUUAAUUAUAAAAUGUUUGUUUCUAACAGUAUUGCAUAGCUGUACCAUAGUUCACUAUUUCAUUAGCGUCCC